CAUAAGAUCAGUCUGAAGACCAGAUGUGAACGUGUGACUGAAGGAAGUGAUGAAACAGGAAGUGGAACCCUCCUCAACAGGAUCUACACUGAGCUCUACAUCACAGAGGGACAGAGUGAAGAGGUUCAUACCCAACAUGAGGUGAGGCAGCUUGAGACAGCUUCCAAGAAGAAGGAGACCCUCCAUGACACUCCCAUCAAAUGCCACGACAUCUUUAAAGCCUUACCUGACCAACAGAGACACAUCAGAGUCGCUCUGACCAACGGCGUCGCUGGCGUUGGAAAAACCUUCUCAGUGCUGAAGUUCACUCUGGACUGGGCAGAGGGCUCGGAGAACCAAGAUGUCAGUCUGGUGGUUCUGCUCUCGUUCAGGGAGCUGAACUUGAUCAAAGAUGAGCGGUUCAGUCUUCUCACGCUGCUCCAUGUUUUCCAUCCAACAUUACAGAAGGUCACAGCAGAGAAGCUCGCUGUCUGUAAACUUCUGUUCAUCUUUGACGGCCUGGAUGAAAGCAGACUUUCACUGGAUUUCAACAACAAAGAGCUCGUGUCUGAUGUCACACAGGAGUCAUCAGUCAGCGUGCUGUUGACAAGCCUCAUCAAGGGGAAUCUGCUUCCCUCGGCUCUCAUCUGGAUAACUUCCAGACCUGCAGCAGCCAAUCAGAUCCCUCCUUCAUGUGUUGACAGGGUAACAGAAGUACGAGGCUUCACUGACGCUCAGAAGGAGGAGUACUUCAGGAGGAGAGUCAGUGAUGAAGAUCUGUCCAGCAGAAUCAUCUCACACAUCAAGACCUCCAGGAGCCUCCACAUCAUGUGUCUGAUCCCAGUCUUCUGCUGGAUCACUGCUACAGUUCUGGACCACAUGUUGACCACAGACCAGAGAGGAGAGCUGCCCAAGACCCUGACUGACCUGUACUCACACUUCCUGCUGGUUCAGACAAAGAGGAAGAAGAAGAAGUACGAUGAAGGACAUGAGACGAGUCCACAGGAGCUGACGGAGGCUGACAGGGAAGUUCUUCUGAAGCUGGGGAGGCUGGCGUUUGAACAGCUGGAGAAAGGAAACAUCAUGUUCUACCAAGAAGACCUGGAGCAGUGUGGUCUGGAUGUCACAGAGGCCUCGGUGUACUCAGGAGUUUGUACACAGAUCUUCAAAAGAGAGAGUGUGAUCUUCCAGAAAACAGUCUACUGCUUUGUUCAUCUGAGCGUUCAGGAGUUUCUGGCUGCAGUCUACCUGUUCCACUGUUACACCAACAAGAAGACAGAGGUACUGAAGGACUUCUUGGGAGAAGACUGGGACUCAAAUCCAAAGUCUUUUCUGGAGAAGAUUUAUACAGUUUUUAGAUAUGAUGAUGGCACUGACCCACCUCUGGAUGUGUUCCUGAAGAAGGCCAUGGAGAAAUCCCUUCAAAGUAAAAAUGGUCACCUGGACCUGUUUGUUCGCUUCCUUCAUGGCCUCUCUCUGGAGUCCAACCAGAGACUCUUAGGAGGCCUGCUGGGUCAGACAGACAACAGUCCAGAAAUCAUCCAGAGAGCCAUCAACAACCUGAAGGAGAUGAACAGUGAUGAUAUCUCUCCUGACAGAAGCAUCAACAUCUUCCACUGUCUGAUGGAGAUGAACGAUGUCUCAGUCCAUCAGGAGAUCCAAAAAUUCCUGAAGUCAGAGAACAGAUCAAAGAAGAAACUCUCUGAGAUCCACUGCUCAGCUCUGGCCUACAUGCUGCAGAUGUCAGAGGAGGUUCUGGAUGAGUUGGACCUAAAGAAGUACAACACAUCAGAGGAGGGACGACGGAGACUGAUUCCAGCUGUGAGGAACUGCAGAAAGGCUGAACUUUCUGACUGUGGACUCUCGGAGACUCACUGUGAAGUCGUGGCCUCAGCUCUGAAGUCCAACCCCUCCCAUCUGACACACCUGGACCUGAGUGGAAACAAUCUGAAGGAUUCAGGAGUGAAGACACUGUCUGCUGGACUGGAGAGUCCAAACUGUAGACUGAAGUCUCUGAGUUUGAGGAGCUGCAGGUUGUCAGAGAUCAGCUGUGCUUCUCUGGCCUCAGCUCUGACGUCCAACCCCUCCCAUCUGACAGAUCUGGACCUGAGUGGAAACAAGCUGCAGGAUUCAGGAGUGAAGCUGCUAUGUGAUUUUCUGGAGAGUCCACACUGUAGACUGAAGACUCUGAGAUUGAGGCACUGCGGGUUGUCAGAGAUCAGCUGUGCUUCUCUGGCCUCAGCUCUGAAGUCCAACCCCUCCCAUCUGACAGAGCUGGAUCUGAGACUCAACAACCUGCAGGAUUCAGGAGUGAAGCUGCUGUGUGAUUUUCUGGAGAGUCCACACUGCAGACUGCAGACUCUGAGAUUGAGUUGCUGCAGUUUAUCAAAGAUCAGCUGUGCUUUCCUGGCCUCAGCUCUGAAGUCCAACCCCUCCCAUCUGACAGAGCUGGACCUGAAAGGAAACAAGCUGAAGGAUUCAGCAGUGAAGCCUCUGUCUGAUCUUGUGGAGAGUCCACACUGCAGUCUGAAGACUCUGAGGUGGAAAAAAUCUCUGUCAGAGUGUGAGUGAUGAGAAAGGUGUUUGUAUUGAGAGAGGAUCAGCUGAGUCCUGAUGAUCCAGAGAGGUUGAAGCAGCAGCAUCAGCUCUGACUGGGCCAUGUUACUGGGAGGUGGAGUGGAGAGGAGAGCUUCAUCUAGCAGAGACUGUCAGCGCUGUCUGCUCUGAGAUCAGCUCUAUCUAUCUGUCUGUCUGUCAGAAGCGAGAAACAUGUACGAUGCAUCUAUGUAUAUGUAUUCUUCCCUUAUUCGCAGAAAUGUUUGUACAAACAUAAAUGAGUAUAACAUGAAUUGAGAAUAAUCUGCUGAACUUUUGCACUUUUGUCGUUGUAAAGCCCUAACUGCAGAAACUUCCUCUUUCUACAACAACUUGUACUUUGUUAUAAAUAUAAUGAGAAUCAAGUAUUCAACAAAGCUGUAAAAUAACAAAUUUGAUAAUCUGCCAAUAACAUUUUUUACAUUAUUGUGACUUCUUCAUGUGCAGAGACUUUUAUUUUUAAACCACAACUUAUUAUUUUGAAAGAAAAGCAGUUUUUUUUUCUCUUUUCUCACCUUUCUGUUACGCCAAGUCACUGACAGUGUAAAUUGUAAUUUUUGCUACCACAAGAGAAGUGUGUUUGAUGAACUUCUGCAAUAUCAGUGAGGAGUUGUUUCAGCAAAUAGUCUAAUAGCUCGCUUGGCUUUCUUUGUGUCAAAGGAUAAUAUGGCUAUGACUUUAGACUAUACUGGGUGUCUAUUGAUGUUUAUUACUUACAUAUAAGUAUGCAUUUAUGGUAAUUAGGCACCUCUAUCAAUGUUAGUUAUCAGUAAUACCUCUAUUGUUUCAGAAACUGAUCUGUGGUGCACCACCAUACUGCAUCAUUUGUAGUCUUUUCAUUCUGCCAAUAAAGACUGUAACCAAA